CUUGGGGAAUAUUCAAAUGUGUUCAAAGUUCAAUCUUGAUAAUAGUGGUCUGUCUUAUGGGUUUUAUAUCAGAGGAAUUAAAAUACUGGAUUGUACAUAGAAGGAUAAAGUCAAAAUCAGGAAUCUGUAGGAAAGGAUCUGCAUUCUCUACUUAACGAAAUGUCGUUUAUAAGCCACUUGGCACAAAGAACAUGGACAAGCGUGAAGAUGCCUUUCAUUAAAACUAACCCUGAUAAAAAACUCUUUACACCUGGCCCUUUGAGCUGCAGCCAGUCUGUUAAGGAGGCAAUGCUUCGAGACUUGGGUUCAAGAGAUGAGGAAUUCUUAAAUAUAAUCAAACUCAUACGUCAGAAACUUGUGGAUAUUGGAGAAGUUCCUCCCGAAGAGUUCACUACUGUCCUGCUUCAGGGCUGUGGCACGUAUGCAAUAGAAGCUGUCUUCCAGACCAGCACUCCACGAUGUGGGGGACGAGUCCUGAUUCUUUCAAAUGGUGCAUAUGGCCAGAGAAUGAAAAAGAUAUGUGACAUAAGUAGUAUUCCAUGUGACAUUUUUGAAUUUCCUGAAGACAGUGCUGUGGAAGUAGCAAAGGUGAAGGAGCAGCUGCGGAAGGGGGACCAGUAUGCAGUGGUGGCAGUGGUGCACUGCGAAACAAGCACAGGUGUGAUCAACCCCAUUGAAGAACUGGGGCAGGCUGUCAAACAUUACCAGCCUCAAGCUGCUUUCUUUGUAGAUGCAAUGAGCAGUUUUGGUGCUGUGCCAAUUAGAAUUCAGAAUGGCCAUAUAGACUACCUUGUCAGCUCUGCCAACAAGUGUUUUCAAGGUGUUCCUGGGUUUUCAUAUAUUAUUGCCAGGAAAUCUGAGCUCCUUAAGUGCAGAGGCAAUUCUCGCAGCCUUAGCUUUGAUCUAGUGGAUCAGUAUGAAGGACUGGAAGGCAAUGGGCAGUUCCGUUUCACCCCACCAACACACACAUUAGUGGGUUUUGUUCAAGCAUUGCAGGAGUUUCAGGAAGAAGGAGGGGUUAAAGGUAGAGCGAGGAGGUACAAGCAGAACUGUACAGUGCUGCAGAGAGGCAUGGAGGAACUGGGAUUCAGCAAGUUGGUGUCUGGUGACUCUGGGGGCUAUAUUAUAACAUCAUACUACUAUCCAGACCACCCCAAUUUUGACUUUGAGGAAUUCUACUACAGGCUGAGUCAACUUGGUCAGUUAAUAUAUCCUGGCAAACUCUCAAAUGCCAACUGCUUCAGAAUUGGUAACAUUGGCAACCUGUACCCGAAUGACAUGAAGUACCUGCUCAAGUGUAUAGGUAAAGUGUUGGAUGGAAUGGGUGUUCCUGUGCCUGUACCUGUGCCUGCACCUAUAUCUCUGCCUAUGCCGUGAUGUCAAGUUCUGCAUGACAGGUUUCUUCUUAAUGACUGAUGGGUAUAUGGUAUUUGAGUGGUUCAAAUAUUGUGUUUCUGAACAUUAUCCAUCGUCUUGUUUUUAUUUAAAACAAAACGGAUAUAGGGACUAGCUGUGU